AUGAUUGCAAAGGUAGCAAUUGAUGUGGUGGGUGGUUUUAUAGGAUGGAUUUAUACACGAAUCAAACCACCACCUCCUUGGGUUUGUGGAUCACCUGGUGGACCUCCUAUUACUUCACCUCGAAUCCAACUUAAUGAUGGAAGACAUAUAUCUUAUAGAGAGUGGGGUGUCUCCAAAGAUAAAUCCAACUACAAGAUCAUUGUCAUUCAUGGCUUUGAUAGCUCCAAAGACAUGAAAGAACUUAUUAAAGAGCUGCAAAUUUACUUUCUGUCAUUUGGCAGAGCAGGAUAUGGAGAGAGUGAUCCACAUCCAAAGCGUUCAGUGAAACAGAUUUUUUUGUAUAAAGUUUUAAGUGAUGAAGUGGAAUCUGGUGAAGGGAUGUAUUUUCUAGCUCUAAAUGUUGGUCUAGAUAAACCUUCUACACUAAAGCCUCAUCCUGAUCAACCCUCCAUAACCUUCACCACUUCCAACUUUAAUCCACUACUUAGCGGUGAAGGUGGUGGUGGUCCUAUUCCUUUUGAUCUUUCAUUGCCUAUUAAUGCUAAACAAGUUUCACAAUAUAUAGAAGGGGGUUGGAUUCAAAAAUUUAUAGAAAGCACAUACACAUUUCUUGAUCCUAGUAACGCAGCAAGGCAAUUGGAAGUAAUGAAGGGGAGGAACAAAGCGGGGCCCACUACAGAUUCUUUGGGUGAUGCUUUAGGGAUUGCACAACAUCAUGAUGGUGUUAGUGGAACUGAACAACAACAUUUGGCUAAUGAUUAUUCAAAACAGUUGGCUAUAGGUCAAAAGGAUACUGAAGUGGUAGUUGCAGAGUCUAUAGCUUGUAUGGUAUCAUCCUCGACACCUGGAUGUGGAAGUUUAGCAACCAAUUUUCAACAGUGUCCACUUCUGAAUAUAAGCUAUUGCCCUCCAACUGAAACGGAUCUAUCAUCUGGCAAAAAAUUGGUGGUUGUUGUCUACAAUUCCCUAGGGUGGAACAGAUAUGAUGUUAUAAGACUUCCAGUUGUGAGUGAGAAUAUUGCUGUCUAUGACUCGAAUGGAAAAGAAGUAGAGUAUCAACUUCUGCCCAUAGUAAAUGACGCUAUUGCGCUUAGAAACUACUACACCAGUGCAUAUACUGGCAAAUCACCAAGUUCAAUUCCCACGUAUUCACUUGCAUUUACAGCACUGGUUCCACCUCUGGGAAUUACCACCUAUGUCAUUUCACAACAGCACCUGUCAGCAUGCUGCUCCAACCUUUGUCAAUUUAAUGAAUGA